AUGUCGGGAAACACAUCAAGUACGGGCUCUGAGGCCGACUUUGAGAAAAAGGGCCCCCAGGCGCCGGUCCAGGUGCUCGAUGUGCCAGCGCACGAGCUUGCGCACAAAAAGUACUCGCUCAAGGCACUGUGGCACUGGCUCGGCGACCGCGACAUCCACGUCUGGAUCAUGUCCCUUGGUUUCACGCUACUCUUCACGUCGUAUCCCAUCCAGGGUGUACAGACGAUCCGCUUCCCCGAUACGGGCGCCUACAUUCUCAUUGUGCUCUACAGCGCCUACUUUGUGACGUCGAUGUGGGCGACCUUCUUCCUCUCGUGGUGGGGACUAGAGUUCUGCCUCAUCUGGGGUCCCAUCUCGUAUGGAACAUGGAUCGCGUGCAUGUUCGCGAACAACAAUGCUGCCAAUUUGGUCGGCGCCGCCUUCUUCGGUUGGGGCGCGGGCAUCCUGUGGCCGGCGGCGGGACAGCUGAUCGCGGCGUGCAGUACACCUCACAACCGCGCUUCCAACGCGGGCAUCUACCAGUGCGCGUUCCACCUUGGCGUUUUCGCGGGUGGUCUCAUCCUCGGAGGCGUACAGAAGGGUCUUCCGAACUGGAACCACCAGUAUGCCGUCUUCCUUGGUCUGUGCGGCACGAGUGUCAUCUGCUUCUUCAUUCAUGCCAUCAGCUUCCGUCGCCGGUUCCGCGGGCACAAGACCGCCGCCUCUGCCGCACACGUGGAGCAGCAGCCCGAUGUGGAGCUGCACCGCGUCAAGCUCGACGACGGGACAGUCGAGUACCGCCGAGUCGAGAAGGCCGACCUGAAGAACGAGAAUGCCGUGGUGCAGGAUCUCGCCCUCUCAGGCGGGUCGGGAAGCACCGGCUCCAAGCUCGCGGCGUGGAAGGCCAACUUCUGGAAUCCCGUCAAGAUGCUGUGGCACCCGGUGUUCGGCCCCCUUGGCCCCUCCAUCUUCGUGACGGGCGGCAUGACGCAGGGCUGGUUCAAUGCGUCCUUCAACAAGAUUGUGAACAAGGUCGGCGGCGACUGGAACGGGUGGAUCUACGCCAUCUCCGAGAGCUGGGCGCUCGUCGCCGCCAUCCUCUUCGGUAUCUUCUACGACCGCCUGCGCACGCGCUACGUCGCUUCCAAAUUCCGCUGGAUCAUGUACAUCUACAUCGGCGCGUACUACUGCCUCUGCGGCCUCGCGCUCGCCGCGUACUACAUGGGCGAGAAGGGCGUCGGAUCCGAGCCGGGCAUGACGCGGCCGAGCCACUACAAGGCCGUCCUCUCCUUCGCCGGCGCGUUCUACAACAUCCAGCUCCUCGCCCUCGAGGUCUCGAUCCUGACGUACCUCUCCACGUUCCUCACGUACAACGCUGACGUCGCGUUUUCGUCCAAGAUCGGCUGCGAGGCAGGUGGCUACCUCCUCGUCUUUGGUCUCGUCAACGUCCUCAACCCCAAAUGGAUGAUUGUGCUGCUCUUCUGCUGCGGUCCCCCCGCGCACAUCGUGUAUCUCAUCUGGUGGCACGCACCCGACCGCCCCGUCGCCGAGAUCCUGGAGAGCGCCAACUCGUCCCAAACGGCCAUCUCGACACCUGUCGCCGAGAGCGUGGACGAGAAGGUUGUCGAAUCCCCGGCCCAGUCGCCGUCGCAGCCGGCGCAGGCCACUGUUCACGUUGUAAGCAAGUAG